AUGGCUGCUUUCUUGGAAUUCUUUCACACAAAGGAAGUUAUGGAUGAGAUUGAGGAUAGCUGGGGACACAUCACCCUUGAGGACGAAGAUGAGGGUAUUCAACCAUUUACAGAAAGGGGAGCAACGGCUACAACAGGAACACAACAAGAGUCUUGGAUCAUCGUCGAGUAUUUUCUCACCAAUAGCGUCACUGUUAAGUUCGAUGUUAUGUAUGCACGACUAGUGUUAGAUGGGGAUCGUGGUCUUUCGGGAAUAUCUCCUUGGGUCAUAACAUCUAGUAUCAGAGCCCUAACCAUGGAUGCGCGUGUGAGCAAAUUGGAAGCAGCAGUUGCUGAUCUAAGCAAUCAGAUGGAAAUUCAAUCUAAGACAACACAGGAGCUUGUUGAGAAGCUAAUGGCACAGAUGGACAGUCGAAUCACCAACUGGAAGAAUGAAAUGGUGGAGACAAUCAGGCUCAAUCGACCUCCACCUCCUGUGUUAGAUUCGGCGCCGGUAGGAUCGUCGGUGAAUGGAGUGGGACAAGGACCUCACUCCAGAUCUCGACAGGAUCAAAAUCAGCCGGGAAGAAGGCCCGGUAAAGCUCCGGCGACACUCAUGCACCUAGAUGAAUUGGAGCAAGGUGCGAGUGCUGAUGAGGAAUCCGGUAGUGAGGUGGACCUUGCACGAGUCCGCAGAGAUUGGGCUCCUAGGCAUGGACAACUGCCAAAACAGAACAUGGAUCAGCCAAUGAUGAGGUACAAAUCGGAUUUUCCCCCUUUUGAUUACGAGCAGCCUAGACUAUGGGUCAAUAGAUGUGAAAGAUUCUUUCAGAUGUUUCAUAUCCCUAGAGCUGAGAUUAUGAAUGUUUUGUAUGUGAAUUUAACUGGCAAAGUAGGGUUGUGGUUUGAGGGAUAUCUGAAUGGGUUGGAAAAGGCUUUUCAGUGGGUACAUUUUGCAGAAGCAGUUUGUAGAAGAUUUGGGAGAGAUAGUGGGGAUGUGAUGGAAGAAUUUGCAUAUUUUAAGCAAGUUGGUGGAGUGUUAGAAUUCACAGACAAGUUUGAAGAAUUUAGGAGUUUAUUGCUCCAAAACCACCCCACUCUCACAGAUUCAUACUUCUUGGAAGCCUAUGUAGCCAGACUUAAGCAAACUCUCAGGUGUUUUGUGAGAGCUGCCCAGCCUAAAGCCUUAGCUGAUGCUGUGUGGUUUGCUAAGCAAUUUGAAAAAGGAUUCAAAGCUAAUGAUCCACCCAAAACUAAUCCCUAUUUGGGAAGUACUGCCAAGGGCCCUGAUGUGGCCAAGUUCAAGUCCCAAUUGAGAGAGCAGAAUAGAUGUUUCAAGUGCUUUGAACCUUGGCAACCAGGCCAUAGGUGCAAGGGUCCCACCUUCAACAUCAUUGAGGAAGGUGAGUUUCAUGACACCUAUGAGGAAUUGAGUAAUGGGAAUCAGGAACAGCAGGGUAUGGAGAUUGGGAAACAGGCUGAAGUAUCUGUGUAUGCCAUGAUGGGUGGAGAAGGACUGAACACUAUUAAGUUGUUGGGGGCAGUUGAGAAACAACAGAUAGUAAUCUUGGUUGAUAGUGGAAGUACUCACAGCUUCCUGGACCCCAAGUUACUCACGCAACUCAGGAUUGAACCGGAAAGAGCCCAUCCUCUCAAGGUGACUGCGGCCAAUGGAGAGCAACUUGUAUGUGACUCCAUUAGUAGAAAGCUGAAGUGGCAUAUCCAAGGGGAAGAGUUUGUAAAGGAUUUUAGACUGCUGAGACUAGGAGGCUGUGAUAUGGUCCUUGGUAUGGAUUGGGUAGAUCUAUUUGCACCAAUCCAACACCACACCAGGCCCCCUGGGAUCUCAUUUCACAAAGAAGGGAAAAGGGUGCUUCUAAAAGGAUUGACUAGGAAAGCAUGCAAACUGCAAGCAGUAUCUAGAAAAGAGGUUAAGAAAUGGCAGAAAUGUGGUGUGCAAGGAUUUCUUAUUCAGUGUGAAGGCCUAGUCAAAGAGGGCAGUGAAUGUGUGUGCAUGGCAGCCACUGUGCAAACAGAAUUUAAGGAAUUAACUGAACUCAUUCAGGAGUUUCAGGAGUUAUUUGAGGAACCCAAGUCACAGCCACCAAGAAGGGAACAUGACCACUCCAUUCCCUUGAUUCCAGGAGCCAGUCCCGUGAAUGUAAGGCCCUACAGGUAUUCUUUCGAUCAAAAGAAUACUAUAGAAGAAAUGGUAAAGGAAAUGUUGAAGACAGGUGUGAUUACAGAGAGUGUAUCUCCCUUUGCCUCCCCUGUGUUGUUAGUGCCCAAGAAGGAUAAUACAUGGAGAUUCUGCAUCGAUUAUAGAGCUUUGAACAAUAUCACCAUAAAGAAUAAAUUCCCUAUCCCUAUGGUAGAGGACCUAUUUUCUGAGUUGGAAGGGUCCAAAUAUUUUACUAAGAUGGAUCUGAGGGCAGGUUACCACCAAGUGAGAAUGAAGAAAGGGGAGGAAUAUAAGACUGCUUUCAGGACACACCAGGGUUUGUAUGAAUUUAGGGUUAUGCCCUUCGGACUUACAAAUGCCCCAGCCACAUUUCAGGCUUUAAUGAAUCAUGUGUUCAAGCCAUUAUUGAGAAAAUCUGUGUUGGUAUUUUUUGAUGACAUACUAGUCUACAGUUCUGAUUUGGGAACACAUUGGAGUCACCUCAAAGAAGUCUUGCAGCUCAUGAGAAAGCACAAACUCCUAGCCAAGCUCAGUAAAUGCUCCUUUGCGAAGAAAGAAGUGGAGUAUUUGGGCCACAUUAUCUCAGAGGAUGGGUUGCAUACUGACCCCUCUAAGUUAAAGGCUGUGGCUGAGUGGCCUAAACCAGUUUUAGUAAAAGGACUAAGGGGAUUCCUAGGGCUGACGGGCUACUACAGGAGGUUCAUCAAGGCAUAUGGGAUCAUUAGCAGGCCCUUGAUAUGUAUGCUGAAAAAAAACUCAUUCCAAUGGAAUGAGGAGGCUGAAAUUGCAUUUGAAAAGUUGAAACAGGCACUAUGCUCAUCACCAGUAUUGACUCUGCCCAAUUUUAACAAACUCUUUAUAGUGGAAGCUGAUGCUUGUCAUAGGGGAAUGGGGGCAGUCCUAAUGCAAGAAGAAAGGCCUAUUGCCUACUAUAGCAAGGCUUUUGGGGAAAAACAUUUGGGUUUAUCCAUAUAUGAAAAGGAAUACAUGGCUAUCAUCAAUGCUGUAGAGAAAUGGAGGUCCUAUUUGCUUGGCAGGCACUUUAUUAUUAGCACUGAUCACCACAGUCUUAAAUUCCUCCUGGAACAGAAAAUAAUUACUGCUACACAACAGAGAGGGUUGUCUAAAUUGCUUGGGCUACAUUACACAAUUCAGUACAAGAAAGGCACUGAAAACUGUGUUGCAGACGCCUUAUCUAGGAGGGGAAGGGACCAAGAAGCUGAGUUGAGCUCCAUCUCUAGUAUAAAGCCGCAGUGGAUGGAAGAAGUCAUAAGUUCUUAUGAGGGAGAUGAGUGGGCCCAAGACAAACUAACAGCUACACUCAUUACCCCUGGUAGUAAUCCUGACAUAGCUGUGGUGGAAGGGUUAGUCAGGUACAAACAAAGGAUAUACAUUGGAAGUAAAGGGGAUUUGAGGAAUAAGCUACUUCUGCAGAUGCAUGAUUCACCCUUGGGAGGUCACUCUGGGCAACAGGGAACCUAUCAAAGGCUGAGGUCAUUGUUUUAUUGGAAGGGGAUGAAGCAGGAAGUGGAGGAUAUGGUUAAGAGAUGUGACAUCUGUCAGAAAUGCAAGGCUGAGAAUGUAGCUACCCCUGGGCUACUUCAACCAUUAGCUAUCCCUAAUCAAGCUUGGAAGGGAAUCUCUAUGGACUUCAUAGAAGGGCUGCCCAGAUCCCAAGGGAAAGAGGUGAUCCUAGUUGUGGUGGAUAAGCUUACCAAGUACAACCAUUUCAUUGCGCUUUCUCAUCCCUACACAGCUGAAAAUGUGGCAAUGAUCUUUAUGGAAAAUGUCUACAAGUUACAUGGAUUACCUGAGAAUAUUGUGACUGACAGGGACAAGGUUUUCCUCAGCAGAUUUUGGCAGUCCAUCUUCAAACAGUUGCAAGUGCAGCUGAGCAUGUCUACUGCAUACCACCCCCAAUCAGAUGGGCAAACGGAGAGGAGGGCUGGAGAAGAAGAAUGGCUAGCUGAAAGGGAAGCCUUGUUGGCUGUCCUAAAGGAUAACCUGAGACUUGCACAACACAUAAUGAAGCAACAGGCAGAUAAAAGGAGGAGUGAAAGAGUCUUGCAGGUGGGGGAUUGGGUCUAUUUGAAGGUGCAGCCCUAUAGGCAAGUUUCAGUGGCUGUAAGGGCCAAUGUGAAGCUAACCUCUAAGUACUACGGGCCAUAUCAAGUGACUGAAAAAAUUGGACCUGUAGCAUACAGGUUGGCACUACCCUCAGAUGCUCAGAUCCAUCCAGUUUUUCACAUCUCUCAACUUAAAAGAAAAGUGGGAGAUAAGGUGACGCCGCAACUAGAACCUCCGCUUACAGGCCAAGAGGGAGAGGUUCUUGCCCAGCCUGUAGCAGUCCUGAAUAAGAGGCUGGUUAAGAGGGACAACAAGGCUGUUACUCAGAUUUUGGUACAGUGGGCAAACCUUCCAGAGGAAGCAGCCACCUGGGAAGACUAUCACCAUGUUACCAGUCAGUUUCCCACCUUUGAUCCUUGGGGUCAAGGAUCCGGUGGAGGGGAGGGUAAUGUAAUGACCUCCAAGGUCAGACGACGUCGUAUAAGGAGGCAGUAG